UGUUUGUGUGCGUUCCCCACUGAUUAUUCAUGUAGUAGAUUGGCAUUCAACGUUCAGCGUUAGGGCAUGGAUUUUCUACACGCAAGCACCUUUUUGCACACGUCGCUGUACAUGCUGUAUAAUGCAUUGUACUGCCGGUUGUUGUUUGUUGUGUAGUGUUCAUAUAAAUCCUAUACAAAAAAGCUUGCAUGUGUGACGCAUGGGGAUGGUGGAUGCAUGCAGCGCAUAGGGAAAUAAACCGUAGGAGCAACAUAGAGAGUGUGGCUUGUGUGUGUGAUCGAUGAUCAAGCGCUUUAGAGGGAGAAUUCUGUUACAGAUUUGAUCUUGACUCUCAAUGAAAAUGAACGGGUUCAGCACGGAAGAGGACAGUCGUGACUCUGGUCACGGACAGAUAUGUUGCCUGGUAGACGACGGUAACCGGUGCUCAAGACCUGCAGGGAAUGCCUGCUAUAGUAAACGCAUUGCCAAGACGGUGCAACAACGAAAACUCAAGCUUAACAUUGAUCACAGUGUCAGACACAUUUACAUUUGUGACUACCAUAAAGGCGUGAUACAGAGUGUGCGUAAUAAACGCAAGAAACGAGACAGCGAUGAAGACGCAGGCACUUCACCCGAUCGGGACGUUGACAUGCCCGAAGUACGUAGCAGCCGGCUGAUGGUGGAUUUGUUUCAGCUACAAGUGAACACAUUGAGGAGAUAUAAACGCCACUACAAGCUUCAGACUAAACCUGGUCUGAAUAAAGCCCAGCUUGCCGAGACGGUUGCUAGGCACUUCAAGACGCUCCCGGUCAUCGAGAAGGAGGCUCUAACUUACUUCAUCUACAUGGUGAAAAAUCACAAGAGCAGAUUUGAUCACAAAUCGGACCUGUAGUUGGUGCAGAUGCUGCCUUGGAUGGAACAAACACUGGUUUGAUGAAGAACUUGUAGCUUGACGCAAAUGAUACUUGUUUUUAUAAUCUUCACUGAGAGGAUUAAUGCAAUGACUGGUGGAUGUCAACACACAAGUUGUGAAAGUUUACAUGCACUGCAAAGGACCAAAUACUUUGUUAGUCAGUUACACAUAACGAUGGACGCCUUCUUCAAACUGCUUAGCUACAUGUAUGUUUAUUGGACACGAUUUGCAUUCAGACAACAUCGGUGAUUGCCCAAGACCAGUAUUCACACUAUUAGUGACCCAACCUAUACAUUAGACAGACCUGUGGAAUUUUUUUUAACUCAAUCUGUCUUCAGAGUUGAAAUGAGAAGAAAAAAAUACACAGUUUAAAAUUUGAACUGUUUUAAUGUGAACAAGCACUAAGAGAACAUUUAACUCAUUUUUAUUAUGGAUAAGUUUUCUUCAAUACUCAAUUGAAAGUUAUUUAUCAGAAUGAAUAUCAACAUUCGAACACAAGAGCGUCGAACUUAUCCAGUCGUAAGUUUACUGGCACAAGGCUAAAAUCAAAGACUCUGGGUACUGCAGUUAGGUGUGAAUGUUGGUCCUUGUAUUAUAGUGAUGAUAAAAAGAUAUUCUCUGUACUAUUUUGCUGUAAUUCCUUCUUUGAUUACUGGUGCCCCAUUGUUUUAACUUAUGUCAUUUUGUUGCCAGCUACAAGCUAAUGUGUUUAACAGCAAGCCAAAGUGAUGAAGGUAUGCACUGGCCAACUGCAUGUUUUGACUUGACAGACACUGUUCUCACUCGCAUUCUGUGACAAAUUAAGUCAAACUCUGCAACAGUGCAGGAAAAGGACGCUGACAAUUUGUUAUGUAUCCAAUUUCAGCUGUAUAGAAAAAUGUAAAUAAGCGUUGUAACUGAAAUGAUCUUGAUUUAAAGAUGUUAGAUGAGCAACCCCUCAUUCUUUAGGAGGAGUAAAAAACAAAAGCGUGUCCUUUUCUUAUGGUGAAUAUACAUGUAAUUGUUGGUAACAAAACCAGAAUUUAAGCAGCUUAAGACAAAUGCACACACA